GUGACGUCACCUGCGUGUCCCGCUGCGUGGUCGGUUUCCUGAGGACUCGGAGAAGAAGAAGAAGAUGAAGGCGCUGAUUGAUUGAUUGAUUGGCGGUGAUCGGGUGAUCGGGUGAUCGGUGUCUCGCCGCGAUGCUGCAGUGGAGCGCCAGGAGUCCUCAGCUCUGGCACGAGCUCGUCAACCACGAGGUGUGCGUCACGAGUCGAGAUCAGCAGCGCUUCGAGGGACGCGUGUUCACGGUGGACCCCGUUUCUGCCAGUGUGGUGCUGCUGAGCGUCCAGGAGAACGAGCGUCCGUCGGUGAGGGGGAUUCUGGGUCACGCGGUGACCGAUGUCCAGAUCCUCAGGAGAGGAACGGAGGAAACGGAGCGUCAGAUGAAGAGCAUCUUCCUGCCGGACCGAGCACAGAUUCUCAGCGCGGAGGAGCUGAAGUCACGGCGGGAGAGUCUGCGUCUGUGGCUGGAGAAGAACCGAGUCCCGGUGACUGAAGACGGGGAGAUUCUGCGUGUGGCGAACGCUCUGACCAUCAGUGCCCCCUACAGGCCUGGAGACUGCAGCAGCGCCAACGAGAUCAUCCUGGCGCGCAUUCAGAGUCUAGUGCAGAGCACCCCCGGAGCAGAACAUACCCCCCAGUCCCAGACACAUCAGUGAGGCUUCCUCCAACCUGUGAGAAGAUCCCAGGACAUUUGUUCAGAUGUUAAAGCACAGUUUUCAGAAUGCUGGUGUUUCCCUGCUUCUGUGUUACACAGUCAAUGAUAUUUUGAGCUCUUGAUACAUUGUAAGUCAUUGCAUGUUAUAAUAAAUGUUUCCCGAUGAAUGCAUAAACCAAGACUAUGCUUUGAAUCAUUUGCUUUGCAAAAUGAAUCACUUUUUCAAAGCACUCCAAGUCUGCUGGACAGAACGGUGUAAAUGCAGUGAAAACAGCCCAGACAUGUGCAUAAAAACAGUGUGACACUGUCAGAAAACUAUCGUAGGCUAUCUUUGGUCGCAAGACCGGGAAAACGCCCGUCU